AACGAGAUUUGUCACGUCAACGCGGAUGGCGGAAGUGUAAAUUUGGAGUGUGCGUUGAAAUGAGUUUCACGACAUCAUGAUAUUGUACCGUAGUUGGUUUACUGUGAGCCGAUUCAAGAUUCCCCACCGCCCCCAGCUUCGCUUCCUCAUUUUUUUUUUUUUUGAAAAGGGGAAAUCCCCGUACUACUGCCGAACAUUUUACCGGGACGACUUUCUUUCACCGCGCGCCUGCUUGCUGUGACGUGUGUUUUUAGCUUGAUCACAAAAGAUGGAAAAGAUGGAGGAGUGUAAAUUAAGUCUCGCCAAUCUGGAUAAAGAAGUGCUCGACAGACUGUCCACGAUGCUGGACAACUCCACUUGCGGAUGGAGGCAGCUGGCCCAGGUUGUGUCUGAAGACCCGAAAUUCCGCUGCAGUGAAAAGAUUGUGACCAACUGCUCGCUCCAGGUGCUAAGUGCGACAGGGAGCCCAGGACGCAGCUUCUUAGCUCUACUGGUCGAUCGAUCCUGCUCUCUGCUCUUCCUGCUGCAGUGUCUGAAGAAGAUUGACCACCAGGAGGCCGUGCAGCUGCUCAGCGCUACAGUAACUGAGCAGAUCCGGAUCACAGUACAGCCCAGCUCUCAGCGGGCCCCGCUGGGCAGCAGGGUGGUUUUAACAUGCCGAGUCUCAGGGCCUCCUGGAUUAAGUUACCAGUGGUUUAAAGGCAAAGAGGAGAUUUUGGAAGCCAGUGGACGCACACCUGAGCUUGUUGUGUGUGCGAUGGGCCCCGAGCACCAGGGUAGCUACAUCUGUCGGGUCAACCAUGGAGACACCUGCGUUUUCUCCCAGUGGGCUCAGGUGCGCUUGGUUCGUUCUUCACCCAGCUCGAGUCCAGGCUGUAGCAGCGGCAUGUUUUCAGGCUCAUCCAGUGGGCUGCGUAUCAUCUACCAGCCUCAGUCCCAAACAGUGUCUGAGGGUGACAUGUUGCUCCUGGAGUGCACUGCCGUGGCCAACCCUCCUGCCCAGUACCAGUGGUACCACAACUCGACUCCGAUGCCACAAAACAAGAUGCGUCUUCUCAAAAUCCCGUGUGUGACCACAGCACACCGAGGCCAAUACAGAUGCAAAGUGUUCAACUUGUUUCACGAAGUGUGGAGUGAGCCUGCUACUGUCAGCAUCGGCCCAACUUCCAUCACUGAUUCGUCCUGGGAAGCAGUUGACCGCGGCUUAGAUCCAGAGGAAGUGGACAGUGCCAUCACAAGUGAAGAAGUAUGUCCACAGAUGACCAAUCCACAGACAUUAUCCAAACAGUUUUAUGCCACAGACAAGGUGGCUCUCCUGAUCGGCAACUUGAACUACCGCUACCGCACUCAACUGUGCGCUCCCAUGGCGGACGUCCACGAGUUGAGCAACCUCCUCAGGCAAAUGGACUUCAAGGUGGUCUCUCUGCUGGACCUCAAUUGGCAGGAAAUGCACAGCGCCGUCACCGAGUUCCUGCUGCUCCUCGGCAAAGGAGUUUACGGCUUGCUCUACUUUGCCGGUCACGGUUAUGAGAACUACGGCAACAGUUUCAUGGUGCCCAUCGAUGCGCCAGCCUCAUACACAUCAGAGCACUGCAUUUGCGUGCAAAAUAUACUAACCAGGAUGCAGGAGAAAGAGACCGGACUCAACGUGUUCCUGCUGGAUAUGUGCCGUAAAAGAAAUCCAAACGAUGAAGUUGUAGUUCAACCUGGACUGUUGAAGGUGACAGCAAAUAUAGUCUUUGGAUAUGCCACGUGUGUUGAUGCGGAGGCUUACGAAAUGAGGGAAGAAGACGUGUCCAACGGCAUCUUCAUAAGCUUCCUCAAGCGGCAUAUUUGCCAAGAUGAGAAGGUCACGGUCAUGCUGGACAGAGUGGCAGAAGACAUGGGUCGCUUAGAAAUCACACGAGGGAGGCAGGCUCUGGAACUCCGCAGUAAUCUGUCUGAGCGGCGUUCCCUCACUGACCUUAUCCAGACGUCAGACUGCUCUGCGGCCUCUUCGGCUCGCAACCUACAGUGGGCUGUUGCUCAUGUCCUGCCAAAGAGCCAUUUUAUCCACUUUGAGUGUGGUGUGAAGGUCCAACUUGGAUUUGCCGCUGAAUUCUCCAACAUCAUGGUCAUCUACACACGCAUAUUGGACAAGCCCAAAGAAAUUGCUUCAUGCUCUGCUCAACUUACUGACUUCCCAGAGGAUGUGGACAUUGACUUAAAGAAGAGCAAUCAGGCAACUCUGGUCGAAGCCGGCAGUUUAUUAUUAAUCAAAGAACAACUUCCUUCACCUGAACUCCCCGGUCUGUACACUCGCAUUUGCAGCCUGCAAAGACUUAAGAAGGAGCUCACGUUCGCCGUCUGUCUCCGUUACAUUUAUGUCAACCUGGAGGAGGAAGUGGAGGAAAAGCAAGCGGUUACGGUGGGCAAACCGCUGGUGUCCAAACUGAACCUCCACCAACCACGAACGAGCUCGGCCUCGUCAUCCCUCAGCCUGGACUCGUGCACUCUCUCUGAGGUCUCCUCCUUGUCCGAGGAGUUUGCCUCGUUAGCCUCCAAUGCGAAGUCACACAACUGCUAAUUGACAAAUAUUGGGACAAAACAAAUUACCAUUCCAACUAAGCCUUAGCAAACCCACUUCUCUAAAUGAUGAAGAAAAAAUUUUGACUUCUCAUCUGUGCUUUAUGUUCAAGUCUUAGGCCAGCACUAUCUUUGUUUUUGUAAUAAAAACGUUUUGAUAUUUGGUUAUGAAGUACUUUUAGAUUGAAAUAAGAAAUACCAUAUUUCUAUACUGUAGGCGUACUCGGAAGUACAUACUUGUUUGCUUAAAUCAAACAUAACUACCACGUAUACCCCUUUAAGACCAUAAUGCCAUAAGAUUUAAAAAGUUGCCUAUUUAUGAGGGAAAAAAAGUCAGAAUGUGAUAAGAAUAAAGUCCUAUUUUUUCAA